AAGUGUCAACAGGGAUGCCUCGCCGCUCCCGUUACGACAGGCCUCCUGCACGGCGCCCCUUUGACCCUAAUGACAGAUGCUAUGAGUGUGGUGAGAAAGGCCACUAUGCCUAUGACUGUCACCGCUAUAGUCGCCGAAGGAGGAGCAGGUCCCGGUCUAGAUCCCGUUCGAGGUCCCGAGGAAGAAGGUAUUCUCGGUCACGCAGUCGCAGUCGUGGUAGGAGAUCAAGGUCAGCUUCCUACCGCAGGUCCAGGUCAAUCUCUCCUCGUAGGUAUAGAUCGUUUUCACCCCGCAGAUCUCGGUCUGGUUCUUUAAGGAGAUCAAGAUCUAGGUCCAGAUCGCGCUCAAGGUCCCGGUCUGUUGUAUGGCCUCGAAGCAGGUCUGGGUCCCAUGGUAGAUCUAAAUCUGGCUUACCUGCUAAAAGUCGCUCAAAGUCCAGAUCACCAUCUCCAAAGAGAAGUCAUUCACCAUCAGGAAGCCCUUGAAGGAGUGCAAGUCCUGAAAGAAUGGGUUCAAAUUUAAAAAGUUUAAGAAGAAAAUUUAUUUUGUUUACAUUAUUAUAAGGGAUUUUGUGGUGUCUUUAUAAAUGUAAGGGCUUCGUCCUAGAAGGCUGUUUCUAUUGACUAACAAUUGGCAUGAAUCUGGAUCUUUAACAAGUCUUAUUAGUAGACUAAUGCAAAACUCUUAUUGUGUUAACGUUCUGUGAUCUGGAAAUGUUGGGCUUUUUUUAUUGGCGCGUUGAAAUAAACUGUGCAUUUCUAACGAAGA